AUGUCUAAUUUAACCACGAAUUUAGAUUCAUCAUGUGGAACAAAUUUCACUUGUGGUGGUCUUGGCAACCCAAGUUGUUAUCUUUUGCAGACAGGACCUGUUUGUUCCGAUUCAUCAAGAGAUAAUAAUAAUAGGAAUUUUACAUGGAGAUUAAAUCCAAGUGUAUUUCCGCCUAUUGAAUAUUUAGGUAGAAGAGUAGGAGGAGGUAGACAGACGAGAUGCGUGGGAUUUAAUUAUUCUUCUUGGUCACAAGAUAAUAAAACAUGGUUGUUGGAAUAUUUACGUUAUCAUUGGGUACCUAAUAAUUCUAGUUCAUUCAUAUCCAACAAUGACACUUUACCACCUGGAUCUUUUAUAAACCCAUUAGAUUACAUAGGUUCUUGUAUGAGUUCAUACUUUUGUUCAAAUGGGACAUGUAUACUAAAAUAUCCACCUCAAACAAACUGUAAUUCAUCAAUUCAAUGUGAUUCCUUUGCAUGUGGAAAUUUGACGAUUGUUAAUACUACAAAUAUAGACUCAAAUAUGACAUUCAAUUGUGUUGAUAAUUCAUCAAUACUUUUACAAUUAACAGCAAAUUAUAGUCGACCUUGGAAUGUGAAUUUACUAGACCAAAAUCCAAAUUCACCACCAGGACGUGAGAAAAUACCAACCUAUUCAAGCCAAGCGGUUGCAGUGAUUGUCUUGAUAAUUAUUAUACUCACUUUAGUAUCAAUUGGUUGUUGUAUUAAAAGAUUUAAUUCUACACUUAGACCAACAAAUUUAGAUAGAAGUGCUGGUGGAAGAGUUCAUAGAACAGCAUCUUUAUUAGUUGGAUCAGGUGGAGGAGGGUUAACUAGAGAAGAUAGUGUACGAACCCUUCCUCCUUAUACAGAGAUGGCAGAUGAACCUUCUGAUCAACAAGGAGUUAUCUCCACGUUUACAAGAUACUUUUUUCCUCCUGGAGAAUUACCACCACCUUAUGAAGAUGUACAUUCAGAUGAAACAAGAAAUGAAGAUAUUAGAAGGAUAUCAACUUUAAAUUAUAUUAGUGAUGUUCAUGGAAACCCUACUAUUCCUGUAACGACCGAUUCAACUACGUUAGAUGAGGUUAGAGAUGGAGUUACUUUUAGAGACCUACCUAGUUCAGAACCAAUAUCACGACGCUCUACAAUUACGAGGAAUGAUGGAACUGGGGUUACACCACUUGUCUCAUUACAGGUAUUACCCGAAGCUGGAGCUACAGAUUCAAGAAGUUUCGAAAAUGUUCGGGAUCAGGUUGAUGAAACAACCAAAUUAAAUGAUAACAAUGACAACUAA